AAAUGGAAAUUUGUCUCAGAUCACAUCAUUUUUUAUUUUAUUUUUGUUUUGUAAAUCAAUACUAAUUUUUAGCCACGAGUGAAAGAAGAUAAAGAUGAUGAAACCAGUUCCAAGGCUUUGGAUUGUAAUCUCAACUACGUUUGCGUUCUGUCUGUUCGUUUUGUUUCAAGUUCAUAACUCAGAUUUGAUCAGGAAAAAUCCCCAAAUCACUCAUCAGGUAAACAACUUCUUCAUCUCCAUCGCUUCUUCUUCACAUCAUCAAACCCUAAACCUCACCAAAAUCGCAAAUGAAAGCGAUGGAAACAGAGCAAAACAGCCCGAGGAAGAAAGAACAGAUACUUGCGCCGGAAGGUACAUAUAUAUGCACAAUCUUCCAAGCAGAUUCAACGACGACAUCAUCAAAAACUGUCGAACACUUAUCAAAUGGUUCGAUAUGUGUCCAUUCAUGGUCAAUUCCGGCCUCGGUCCACAGGUUACAGAGUCCAACAACAAGACAGCUCGAAUCUUACCCGUGAAAACCGGUUCUUGGUACUCAACAAACCAGUUCUUGCUAGCGGUUAUCUUCCGAGAGAGGAUGAAACAUUACAAGUGUUUGACCAACGACUCGUCUCUAGCCUCAGCGAUAUACGUCCCGUUCUACGCCGGAUUCGACGUGAGCCGUCACCUAUGGGGAUACAACACAACGGUGAGAGACGAGUUGGGGACAAAGCUAGGGCUUUGGCUCAGAGAAAGACCAGAGUGGAGGAAAAUGUACGGUCGUGAUCACUUCUUUGUAACCGGAAGGAUCGCUUGGGAUUUCAGGAGAGGUUUAGAUGAUGAUUCCGAGUGGGGAAGCAAACUGAUGCUAUUGCCUGAGUUUGCUAAUAUGACGAUGUUAUCUAUCGAAACUACUGCUUGGGCCAACGAGUUUGCGAUUCCUUAUCCGACUUAUUUUCAUCCGAAGAGGUUUAACGAGGUUUUGAGAUGGCAGAGGAAGAUGAGAAAUGUGAAGAGGAGACAUUUGUUUUCGUUUGUUGGAGCUCCAAGGCCGAAGAUGAAUGGAUCUAUAAGAGGAGAAAUUAUAAAGCAGUGCCUUGCGUCUCACGGAAAGUGCAAGUAUCUUAACUGUUUUGUUUCAGGUAAAGAAUGCGAUAAUCCGGUUAAGAUAAUAGAGGUGUUUCAACAUUCGGUUUUCUGUUUACAACCUCCGGGAGAUUCGUAUACUCGGAGAUCGAUAUUUGAUUCGAUUUUGGCUGGUUGCAUACCGGUUUUCUUCCAUCCGGGUUCCGGUUAUAACCAGUAUAUGUGGUAUUUUCCUAAGGAUUAUACCAAAUACUCGGUUUAUGUACCGGAGAAAGGGAUGAGAAAUGGAACGGUUAGUCUCAUGGAGUUGUUGGGUAGGAUUGAUAAGAGGAGGAUUUCGAAGAUGAGGAACGAGGUUACUAAGAUUAUACCGAAGAUUAUAUACACUAAACCGGGAUUGGUUGGACCGGAGAAGAUUGAAGAUGCGUUUGAGAUCGCAGUGGAUAGAGUUCUUGAGAGGGUAGCAAUGGUUAAGAGGAUGAUGGAAGAAGGGAAAAAUCUUCAGAGUGAGUAUUCACAAAAUAGGGAUUUGAAAAAACUUGAGUGAAAAUCAUAUGGGAGAAAUUUUUUUUUUUUUUGUGGUAACAUUUGUUGCAUAAUUUAAAAAGCUUGAUCAGUGAUAAAUCAUUUGUUUUUUUUUUUUCUGUGUGUGUAUGUGUGUGGUUAUUAUUGUUGCGUGUAUUAAAAAGCUUGAGUAAAAAUCAUAUAAAGAUAUGGAA